AUGUAAAUACAUAUUCAAUAAAUUUCUAAUACUAAUCGUAUCAAUUUGCUAUAAAAGCUCUUAAAUUUUUAAUGGCUCAGUUAAGUCUUUACUUUAGAAAGAACAAAUUAUGAUACAUGGCUAGCAAUUUUUAAAGGUAAAUAAAGUUUUUAUGUAGAAAAAUUACAUAUCAUUAGAGACUAUAAGAAAAAGUAGAAGUAGAUGCAAUUUAAGCCAUAUUUAAAAAUGAUGAUAAAUAAAAUGGUUUAUAUUGAAGAAUCAGCAGUAUUAAAUAAUAAUGUAUUACAAUAAAUGCAAAAGAUUAAAAUAACAAUUUUGAUUAAUAGAAAUCAUUGAAAAUCAAGAGAAGAUUGAGAAUGAGAUCUAAUAAAAUUUUACAAUAGAUAAUGAAGUGCACAAAAAUUACCUGAAGUAAAAACUAAUUAAAUUAAUUUUGUGAGAUAAAGCAAUAAUAGUUGAUAUAGAAGAAGACUAAUAAGCAUCAUAAAACAGUUAAACUAAUAUUUUCUUGACCUUAGUUGCUAAAGAGAAUCAUUAAAUUAUUAAGCUGAAAAUAAUAAGCAUAUUUAUGUUUAUAAUAGUAUGAUUAAUAAUAAUAUUAAUAAUAAUAAUAAUUAACAUUGGCAAUGAAAAAUUUAAUCCCAAUUAAAUUUCCAUCAAUACCUGGAACAAAGGAUCAUUAUUAUUUAUCAAAUUCUGAAAGUUUGAUUGUAAAUUGACUGUAUGAUCUGAAUAAAGUAAUAAUAGAGAAAAGGGCAAUUUAGAAUUCUUAAUAUUUAUUAGAAAUAUAAAGCCAAAAAUAUUUUAG